AUACACGGAAGAGCGUUCUCUUACAACCACGUGGUAUUUGACACCCCCCCCCCCCCAAAAAAGACCAGGCGAUGGCGGGCGGCUGGGGGUCCGUGUAUGCUGCAGUGGGCGGCCUGUUGGGGGCGCUGGCGGCCUGUUCAGCCAAACUCGCUCUGGGCGCGGAUUACUUGCGCGGAGUCUGCGUGGCAGCAGUGGGAUCCGCCGGCGGCCCCUGCGACUGGUUACCCAUCGUACUUCAAGCCGGAUGCGGUGGUCUGGUGCUUGCAUGCAAUGCUGUUAUGUGGACUUUCUUUGCCAAAGCCUUAAAAUACUCCUCUUCUUCUGCAACAGCAACUGUGACGUCAACCGCUUCCAACUUCAUCUCUUCUGCUGCUCUUGGCUAUUUGCUUUUUGGGGAGACUCAUGCCCUAUUAUGGUGGAUAGGGAUAUCCAUUACACUCUUUGGCCUUCUGCUUCUCCACACAGCCCCAACUCCACCAGAAGGACAAAGGCAUCUGAAGGAAAAGAAAAUAUAGAAACAUAAAAGGUACCCCUUGGACCAGACCAGUGGUCCAUCUUGUCCAGCACACAGGACCCAACCAGUUGCCCUGGACAACUAAUGAACAGAGCAUAGAGAGCCAGAGUCUUCCCCUGAUGUUGCCUCCUGCGGAGGUUUACUGCAUCUGGAUGUGGAUGUUCCCUUUGAUCUUCUUGGCUAGUAGCCACUGACAGACCUCUCAUCUAUCUAAUUCUCUUUCAAAUCCAUUUGUACUAGUAACCAUCACUACAUGCACUGACAUGGAAUUCCACAGUUUAGUUACUUGUUGAGUGAAGAUGUACUUCCUCAAAAAAAAAAAAAGGCCUCAAAGAACUUUCUGUUCAUGUCACGAACAGGAAAUCACACCAGAACAAAAGCAAGACUUCUGGCUUUCUCUAGCAAUGGUUUCUCUAGUUUUGUUUGCAUAGAUGGAUUUACUGCUGAGUGCUGCGGAGGCCAAGUCAUGGCUGUGGUAAACUCCAGCUCAUUGAACCAUGAAGAAAGAGGGCUGUUGAGAAGGGUUGUCCUCAGCUCUCAGGUAUGCUUCAGGAGUUUUGGGAAAUAAUGAGAUUUAACACAGAACUAGAAGGUGGAUAUGACUUGGAGCUUUGUGAGAUUCACUGGACCAAAUGUUCUUUCUCAGUUUAAUACACCACCACAUCUUGCAGAAUCAUUUGGCUGGACUGCUGAUUUCAAGUUUUUAAGAGACAUACAACUAAUUCUACAUAUAUGUGCUCUUUACAAUUAACAGGACUUGUGUGUAUUUUGUACUCAAGAGACGUGUACCUGAUGCAAGAUCUGGUAUGCAUUACAAAGUAAAAUAAAUGAAUUCUCCUUGAAA